AUGUCUGCCAGAUCCGCCGGACAGUUGUCGAGGCAUCGAUCACUAUCGAUGAGCUCUGGGCACUCUUCAAAGGGGAAAUCAAGAUUAGCUACGCUAUCGGAAAUAAUGCCUUCUCCCCCGACAGAGAUCACGCGCGAUUUUGAUCCAUGUGCUGCUACGGCCUCGAUGUUCUUAUAUGCGCAAGGCAAUUCGGUUGUCUGCGCACAUCAUGAUACAUUGACAAUCGAACGGCGGUUUUCCAGGCAUACGGAGGAGAUUCAGUUACUAGCAGUGGAUACAGUCAGCGAAAGAGGUGCUGGACGUUUAGUUGUGAGCUACGAUGUUGGGCAGACCGCCAUUGUGUGGGAUUGUAUGACGGGAGACGAACUGGCAAGGUUUGCCUCUUAUGAAAACCUCACUGUGGCAGCCUGGAUGCGGAAUGGAAAUGUUGCUUUUGGAAAUGCCCAAGGAAAUGUGAUUUUGUUCGAGCCGACAACAUCAGAGCACAUUUCUGCGAGAACAAUAGAUCAAAUACCGAUUACCGCUUUAGCCCCGGCAGCGGACUGUAGAACAUAUGCCCUUGGGUUUUCCAAUGGAUCUCUCCUUAUUGCGGCACUGCAGCCAAGAUUUACAAUUCUCCACAAUCUGACCACCUCAAGAGGACCCUCUCCAAUCGUAACACUAGCGUGGCAUGCCUCCUCAUCACGCCAGAAAUCAGAUAUGUUGGCAACGCAGACGAAUGACGGAGACCUCCGAGUUUGGAGCAUUGCAAAAUCGCCCACCAGUUCCGACACAGCAAAAAUCGUGAGGGUCUUGAAACGGACAGAGAAUUAUUCGACUGGUCCGAAUUGGUUGGGGUGGUCAAAAAAUGGUCGCAUACUGCAAUUUUCUGAGGGCGAAACAGUGUCCUGGGAUGUACGGACAAAGCAUGUUACCUAUGAGGCUGUUCCAACUCUUGAACACGUCAGGGGUCUUGCCGUUUACGGCCCCGGCGCGACCCUCUUCACAUUAGGGCACAGCAACUCAUUACAGCAGUUCGACCUAAAUUCGCCUCCUCAGUUGGUGGCGAAUGUACAGCAUCCAACCAAUCUAUUCCCCCCCUCGCCACCCGUUUCCAUCGAGGAGCAGAAGAAGCAGACUUCCACGGCGGCUACAGGCGGUGCGGACACUACAGUGCCGAUCAAUAUCGAAAGUAUAUCCGAGAGCGAUGAGGAUCAUAUGUCUCCUCUUGCUAGAAUUGCGAGAGAAAUGGACAAACUUGAGCACGAGAGGCAAGAGAUCGAUCGCUCUGACACCCUCAGCCCAGUGUCUUCCAGGAGCCUUGCGUCGACAACUUCGCGGUCCUCCGCGGGGUCGCGACAGCACUACGAACACAGGAAGCACUCUUCUGCGAUGUCACGUGGCCUCAGUGAUGGGACCACAAUGUCGAUCGGUUCCUCGGUCCAUUCUGGUCGAGAGCCCUCCUUUGUUUCAAGUCGGGACAGCCUCUCCAUGAGUAGUCUCAGCUCUGCGUCCAAUGCAUCGAAUAGAUCUCGUCCAAGAGGAUCUCGCUUAAAACAGGAGGUUUUACGAAGUCCGGACGACGCCAAAAUUGUGGACCUAUUCAAAUUUACCAAGGCAAGGCUGACAGACAUCCCUUACCGCCACCCACAAGUCUUGGAUAAUACGCACCUCACAAACCAUGAUCUGCGCCGGCAGAUGCUCAGCACCAUUUUCGGCUGGAACGGCGAGGCAGAAGCAUUGAUCCAGGACGAAAUGACUCGACAUCCGUUAGGGUCACCAACCCGAGUGCUUCUGGCUAAAUGGCUGGGAGAUAUUGAUACUGAUAUCAUGGCCUCAAGCUCACAAUCUAUGACAUCGUCGGACUGGAUGCUUCUGGCUUUGAGUGGAAUCGGUGGUCAUGCCUCACAGGCAAAGGUUGCUCGAGCCUAUGUGCAACGAUUGCUCGAGAAAGGAGAUGUUCACACUGCUGCAACCAUCAUGAUCGGUAUGGGAGACCAAAACGAUGCCAUUGAGAUCUACGUAUCGCACAAAAGAUACAUGGAGGCCUUGAUCUUGACCUGUCUGGUUUUCCCGUCCGACUGGCAAAGGCAAGCCGAAUUGAUCCGGAAGUGGGGGGAGUGGGCUGUGCAACAUAGCCAACAGCAGUUAGCUAUAAGGUGUUUCUCCUGCACAGGCUCUGAAUCUUCUGAGCCUUGGGUUUCACCUACCGCCCAAGCUGCUACGUUUUCUCAGCUUCAAAGCCAAAGCAUUCCGGAAAUCUUGAGUCCGCCGUUGUCCUCGCCAGGAUCCAGAGGUCCUCAACGUAGCAUUGCUAAAACCUCUGCUUUAAAGCUCAUCACCUCUUUCGGUGAUAAGGCCGGAAAGUCCAAGUUUUUCGGAUUCGGCGAAGAUGAUCGGACUCCUAUCGGUGGUGGAGGCGUAACACCUAUCGCUGAAUCGGCUCUUUCACCUUCAGGUAGCGACCAUGUCCAUACUGCGUUCCUCAGACCAGGUCCUCGCAGUGCCUAUAACACCCCUCAAUCUGCUCGAACCGCGACACCUGGUGGCUUCACCCGGCAUAGACUUCCUUCUAUCGGCGAAAUGCCCACCGACGUCAUUCCCCAUAGAAAACUGAAUUCAGCGAAAUUGCCUACCCCAGUGGAUUCUGGAUCGGACAAGGAGAAAAAUAAUCGUCUAGGUAAAGCUCAUGAACGAAACUCAUCGAUCCCUGACUCCACGCUACUCAACCAUCCUACGCAUAAUCCACCAGGAAGAGCUGCAACAGCAAGCCCGAUGAUGCAGAAAGCAAGGCAAAACAUCACCCAUCCCCUCCCGUCACCGUCCCCAGAGUCUUUCACAGCUGGCAAACAGAAUGCGCGUACAAGAAACGGCUCUCGCGAUCGCAAGCCUGAUGGUCUUCAAAUUACCUGGCCCCCUAUCGAGGCAAUCAUUAGCGGCAACUACAUGACGACUUCACCAGAUACAUCAGUCACAUCGUCAAAAACACGGGGCCCACGAUCCGCUACCGGCUCGUCAUCCACAGGAGGCGUUGCCAGAAGCCCUCUCAAUAGUGAGCGGAGCUACAAGAGUAUUGGCAGAGAAAGUCCUGUCGUGACUGGCAGAAGCCUGGAUCAAUUCAUUAGCAGCUUGGAAUCUGCACACUACCAUGCUGAGAAGCAGAAGAAACAAUCUACCCGUGAUAGACACGACAGGUCAGGCCGAACUCGUAGUGCCUCUCGAAAGGCCAAAUCUCGAGAAAAUUCAGAGGACCGAGGACGAUCCGCAGCUCGCUACGUCAAACCCGCAAAACGCUCACCAACAUCGCCCAUUCCAAUGUCUCCAGAAGACCUCAGAGAACUUGGUGCGUCAGGCUAUGGAGAUGAAGGGAUGACAUCACCUGAUGAAGCCAGAGUGAGCCAUGUCAAGGCCAAGUCCUCAAAGCCUUCUAGCAGGGUCCGCCGCUCGUCCCCUGAACCUGUCGGUCAAUCUCGAGUCACCGUCAAGCCCUCAAGUCGUGUCUCGAGCCGCAAUGCUAGCCGCCGACCUAGCCCGGACACUCGCCUUGCAAUGAUUGACACCAAAAGAGGCAGGAGUAAAGGACGCGAAGGUUCUAUAAUGCGGUCGCCCUCGUCUCCUUUGCCAAUGUCUCCUCAGAUGAAGUUCUACCAGGAAGUUGAUGACGAAGAAUUGAAGCAAGUUCACGCAGCUCGGGUCAAGACUCGGCAACGAAGUACCAGCCGACUCAGAGAGCGUGGAGAACGAGGAUCGAGUGCUGUCCGUGAUGUAUCUCCCGAUAGGAGACGCCGUGACAGAUCCACUAGCGUACGGCCUGGUGAGCGCGGUAGUAGCAAAGCUAGGAAGGACACCUCGCCCAAUGGCAAGCGGGAGCGUCCACCUCAUACUCGAGCGUUUUCAGACAACAAGGCUGGCGAUCUCGCCCAAAUAAAAGAUGAGCGCACACUCAAGAAGGAACAAGCUGCCCGUGAGCUUGAGGAAAGGAGAAAGUCACUCGCUCGGCGACCCUCGGUCCCUCCCAUCGUGCAUCCAGAGGAGCUUGUGAUUCUAUCACCAACGCAAUACAAGCCUCCGGAGUUUCCUCAAAAGUUGCCAUCUAGUGCUGCUGUACGACAGCAGCCUCCUUCACGGCCCCAAACGGCUUCACCAGGUCCUCUUCAGACGUCUUCAUCUUAUCUCAAGGAGUCAAAUGCAGCUGCUGCCGCACAGAUCGGUUUACCGGCAACACCAAGAGCCAUGAGACAUCCAAAGUACGAUCCUGAUGGAAGAGACAUCCCAGAAGUUCCCCAGAUUCCGGAGAAAUAUGAUCUUGGUCAACCGCCGCCUUCCUGGGGUAGCUUGAAUGCCAUGUCUUACAACAAUGCAUUUGAGAAUCUCGCACCACUGCCAAAGACAACGUAUCAAGCAUCCCCUCGUCGUGUCCCACCGCCUCCGCGGUCAGCGUCUGCUCCGAUCCCAGAUGACCCACCAAUGUCACCGCAUCCGCUUCCAGCUGGGUUGCCAAUGCACCCAGCUUUUCAAGCCUCUCUGCCACCUAGCAGCAGAAGGAAGACACAAGAUUUGACUGUCCGAAGUCCAUUGGGUUCCCCAAGAAAGAUUACUCCCGGAGAAUGUCAGCCUGGAACCCUUGGUUACGAAAUCCGAAACAACAGCCCAGUUUAUACAGCUCCAUCUCCUACCAUCAUGCAUGGCAUCGACGAGACCAUUGAAGCAAGCUCGCAGCCCAUCAAUCCCCACAACGACAAUCUCACCCCGCCACCCCCUCCUCCUCCACCCGCACCUCCGAUUCUCAAAGAGUUGCAACACUUAGCGAAGCCUCCUCCCCCGCCGCCAGCUCCUUUGGCACCAUUAUAUGGUCAUGGCGAUAACACACACUCCAUGAUCUCCGGAGUAUCGACAACGUCAGGCCUCAUCGAGAUUGUGAUGGACGAGGAAGUAAAUAACACAAGUGCCCCAAUGACGGCCAUUGACGAAACCCUUCCACAGCAGCUUCCAGCACGUAACUCCUCAAUCAGCCAGAGUAGUGGUCACACCCGUGGCCGCAGUGAAAAUGACAACAGUCUCACGGGGCGAUUUUCUCGCGCUGCGGAGCGCCUUCGAAGUGCCAGUCGUGGGAGAAAUACAUCACCACUUCUGGAGCGAGGUGCCCCCAAGAGCCCGCCACAAGCACAGGAUACCAGCCCAUACGAGAGUAUCCAACCUUGGGGCCCUGCAAAGAACUCCAACACCUCCCCGCAAAUGUCAAGCGGUGCUCUUAUGGCCACAGUUGAGAGGCAUCCACGAGAAGUCAGGGCCGCAAUGGAGAUGGAGGGAGGGAUGAUCUAA